AUGAAAUCUGUUUUGCUAUUUUUGGCUUUCAGUAUUACUACCUUACUCAAUGUUCUCAAAGGUGAAUAUUGUGAGGAUUCGAAUAACAAUUGCCGCGAUUGGAUUGUGUCAUAUGCUUCGCUAUGUCAAACUACUGAUUACAUCAUCAAAACAUGUCCCAAAUCAUGCGGUUUUUGCGUAAAAAAGCUAGAACGAAAAUUCGAUAUUUCCCAUGUUCCUUCUCAUUUACAACCUAUCGCAUGGUUAAUUGGCAUUUGGCGAUCUGAACAUGGCGGAAAAGCGAUUUUCCCAACAAUACCUACGUUUACAUAUGGCGAACAAAUCGAAAUAUCAAUUUCUGACGAUCAUAUGACCGGAUUGAAAGCGCUCAAAUAUACAGCCUUUGCAUGGGGACUAUCGGGUCAUGAGGAAUUGCACAGCGAAUACGGUUAUAUUGCAGUGGAGCCUGAAACAAGGACUGCUUCACUUACUACUGUAAUGAAUAAUGACGAUACGAGAAUGGACAUUGCUGGACAAUAA